AUGGGAAAGGGCGAUUUGGCUAAAGAGUCACCACAGCAAUACUAUCUUACGCCAGAAAGCUUUGCUGAAAAUUUGGGGGCUGAAACCAAGCUAAAAUCUACCAAUAACUUUUCAAAUCAUGAGCCUUUGUCAAGGAAACCAAAGCAAUAUGAAAGUCGGAUAGAAAAGGAACCACCAUAUUAUUUUUUAUUUACGACUUAUUUGUCGUAUUUGGUGCUAAUAUGUUUUGGACAUUUGCGAGAUUUUUUUGGAAUGAGAUUUAAAAAGGCAAACUAUAAACACUUGAGAGAACAAAAUGGUUACGCGCCACUAAAUUCUGAUUUUGACAAUUUUUAUGUUCGUCGUCUUAAAUUAAGGAUUAACGAUUGUUUCAGUCGUCCAGUAACCGGAGUACCUGGAAGACAAAUCAAAUUACUUGAUAGGGAAACAAAGGAUUAUUGCAAGACAUUUCAACUUACUGGUCAAAUAAAGGAAUGCUUAAAUUUGAGUAGUUAUAAUUAUUUGGGAUUUGCACAAUCUGAGGGUGCAUGCGCUGACGCGGUCGAAAACACGAUUAGAAAAUAUGGAAUUGCUCCUUGUAGUCCUAGAGCUGAAGUUGGCACUUUAGAUAUUCAUCAGAAAGCUGAAUCGCUUGUAGCGAGAUUCAUAGGAAAACCAUCAGCGAUAAUAGUAUCGAUGGGAUACGCUACAAAUAGUACAACAUUACCAGCACUAGUUUCCAAAGGAAGCCUAAUUAUUUCCGAUGAACAUAAUCAUAGUAGUUUAGUGUUUGGCAGCCGUCUUAGUGGUGCAUUUAUACGCGUAUUCAAACACAAUGACAUGGAAGCUUUGGAAGCUCUAUUAAAAGAAUGCAUUAGUCAAGGACAACCGCGUACACAUCGUCCGUGGAAAAAGAUUUUGGUGGUGGUAGAGGGACUUUAUUCGAUGGAAGGGACAAUUUGUAACCUCCCGAAAAUAGUUGAACUAAAGAGAAAAUAUAAAUUUUACUUGUAUCUCGAUGAAGCUCACAGUAUUGGUGCUUUAGGAUCACGUGGACGAGGUGUAUGUGAUUAUUUUGGUGUCGACCCGAACGACAUCGAUAUUCUAAUGGGAACAUUCACGAAAUCUUUUGGUGCUGCCGGUGGAUACAUAGCAGCAAAUCAAGAUAUAAUUGAUCACUUGCGUCUUCAAUGUCAUGCACCUAUUUACGCGGAAUCCAUUACACCAUUAGUGGCGCAACAAAUUUACUCGUCAAUGAAGAUCAUUAUGGGUGAGGACGGGACAAACGAAGGUCAAGAACGGUUAGGUCAAUUGGCUUUUAAUGCUCGUUAUCUGAACUUGAAUUUAGAGCGGUUGGGAUUCAUUACCUACGGUGAUAAUAAUUCACCGGUUAUUCCAUUACUGUUAUUUAAUCCAGCGAAAAUUCCUGCGUUUUCGCGUGAAUGCCUAAAACGAAACAUUGCCGUAGUAGUAGUUGGAUACCCAGCUACCCCUGUAAUUUCAUCGCGUGCACGUUUCUGUGUUUCUGCCGCACACACAAAACAAGAUCUCGAUUAUUUCUUGAAAGCGUGUGAUGAGAUUGGAGACAUUUUACAGCUGAAGUUAUCACAACAGCCAUCUCGGUUCACUAUCGAACAGGUGUUGAGAGAUGGUGAAAAGAGUAUGUAG